UUCAGCUCCUAUAGACCUUCCGCAUCAGUUCAUUCGGGGUUCAAAUUAGACUUUGCCUUUUAUUCAGGCAAAUACACAUCGGCUGAUAGAGGUUUUUACCUGAAGCGCUACGAGGUUCGAAAUAUCGCUGAUAAACUGCGGAAACAAGGACUGAUAUCACCAAAAGAAAGAGAAUUUGAUAAACACCCUCAGCAGAGCGUCAGGUUCCAAUCACUGCGGUCUUUGUCAGACCGUGCAAGGUUUUCUCGUCUGACGGGCUUUAGUGAUCCGAAAACAUCAAAUUCUAUGCAAGAUAGUCAGUAG